AAUCGAGAAAGUAAAAAAACAACAACCCACCACAUAACUCUGUUUUCUUCUCCUUCUCGAUCCAAAACUCUGUUUUUAUUUCUUUCCUUUUUUUUUUCAAAAUCGACAUCACUGUUUCAGAUUUGCUUUUCUUUUUUCAAAUUUCCUCUCUAGAUUUCAGAAAAACUUUCCUCUUUUGUAUAAUCAAUCUUAAGGUCUCCUCUCUCUCCAUCUCUCGAGGAAUCAUGAGAUGAAGAUUUGAGAGGAGAAAGCUUGUAAUCAUUAGGGUUUCCAAAUUUACCCAAAAGUGGAAACCUUUUUUUUUGUUCCGGAUCUUAAUCUUCCUCUCUUCUGUCAGAUCCGUUGUUCUGGCGGGUGGGUGAAGAAGAAUGUUCUGUCAUAACAACACAACAUUCUGAGCUUUCCCCUUCACAAUGUUCAAGCAUUUCCUCAGUAAACUUCCUCGGAAGUCCACAAAACCCGACUCCACCACCUCGGAUCCGACUCCUCAAAGAUCCGGAUCCACCGCACCGGCCCCGGUCAGAUCCAACUCCGUCAAACGCAUGUCCUCCGCCGUCUUCCCGUCCAGCGUCGUCGCCGGCAUCGAGCCUUUAGUCCCCUUCAAAGACGUCCCCAACUCCGAGAAGCUAAACCUCUUCGUCUCCAAACUCAGCCUCUGCUGCGUCACCUUCGACUUCUCCGACCAAACCAAGAACUCAAUCGAGAAAGACGUCAAAAGACAAACUCUCCUCGAGCUUCUAGACUUCGUAUCCUCCUCCUCCUCCGUCAGAUUCACCGAGCCGGCGAUCCUCGCGAUGUGCAAGAUGUCCGCUGUCAACCUCUUCAGAGUCUUCCCUCCAAGCUACCGAGAAAAAAACGAUAGUGACGAUAGCAACAACGAGCCGGUGUUCGAACCCGCGUGGCCGCAUCUCCAGAUCGUUUACGAUCUGCUGCUUAAGUUCAUCACCUCUCCUUCUCUCGACGCUAAGUUAGCCAAGAAGUAUCUAGACCAUGCCUUUAUACUAAAGCUUCUCGAGUUGUUCGACUCGGAGGAUCCUAGAGAACGUGAGUCUCUCAAGACCAUCCUCCACCGUGUCUACGGGAAGUUCAUGGUUCACAGACCGUUCAUCCGCAAAGCCAUGAGCAACAUCUUCUACACCUUCGUGUUCGAGUCCGAGAAGCGCAACGGUAUCGCCGAGCUUCUCGAGGUGUUCGGGAGUAUAGUGAGCGGGUUCGCCUUGCCGUUGAAGGAGGAGCAUAAGAUCUUUUUGUGGAGAGUGCUUGUUCCGUUGCAUAAAGCUAAAUCGGUUGGGGGGUAUUUUCACCAGCUGUCUUAUUGUGUGACGCAGUUUAUUGAUAAGGAGCCGAAGCUUGGGAGCGUUGUGGUGAAAGGUUUGUUGAAGUUUUGGCCUGUGACGAGUAGUCAGAAGGAGGUGAUGUUUCUUGGGGAGGUUGAGGAGAUUGUUGAGGGGAUGAGUUUGUUGGAGUUUCAGAAGGUUAUGGUUCCUUUGUUCUUGAGGAUUGCUUGUUGUGUCAACAGUUGCCACUUUCAGGUUUCAGAAAGAGCGUUGUUCUUGUGGAACAACGAUCAGAUUGUGAAUUUGAUUGCGCACAACAGGCAAGCCAUCUUACCGAUCAUGUUCACUGCCUUGGAGAAGAACGCUGAGAGCCACUGGAACCAGUCUGUGCUGAACUUAACUCUAAACGUGAGGAAAAUGUUCUGUGAGAUGGACGAGGAUUUGUUCAUGUCUUGCCACGCACGGUUUCAGGAGGACGAAGCAGAGCAAUGCUCUGCAGAGGAGAAGAGGAAAGAAGUAUGGGCGAGGCUGGAGAAGGCAGCGAGUAUGAAGCCUGUUACUGGAAAGACGGCUGUUCUUGUAACUCCUUUAGCAACCUCCAUCGCCUGCUAAGUGAAUGAUGAUGGAAUGAAUGGCUGUUGGUUAAGCUAUGGUCUGGAUUGGUCUUUGUAAUGUUAUAUAGUUUUGAUGUUGUUAGCUAUAUAUAUGUGGGUUUUAUGCUAAAUCUCUUGCUUUAAAAGUGAGGAAGCCGUUAAACCAUGCUGCAGAUUUCUGUAUGAAACUCUUUGUAUUAUUCAGUUAAGUUAUAUAAGAAACCCCUUUUCAACAA